AUGCUCCCAGUCUACAUCACGAUCCGUGAAAAGGUGGAAGAACAACUCGAUUACAACGACUUUUUCCAGCUAGAGACACGCAUACUCAAGGCAAAGUCAGACUGGUACUCAAAUGAAGUGCGCUCUUCUCUGCUCGAUGUAAUCCAAAAAUUCAAGCACACGGCUCCGAUCUCCAACAUCGUCUGUAUAGGUCUGGGAACUCUACAUCAAUCUAGCCUGGAGGGUGGCAGAUCGCUGGCACAGCAUAUCGUCGCCUACACGCUCGCUGAAGAGCUCACCCGCAUGUACAAGGAGGAAGGCAUAGCGCUCCAAGAGCCUAUCACAAUAGUCGCUCAAGAUCCCGCCUACACCGGCCGUGACCUCACCUUCCUCUCCGACCUACCAGUACCGAUCCGUAUUGAAGCGAAUCCUGGAGGAUUCCUCUCUAUCAACGCACAGUCGCUCGUGUUCUCAAGCUUUCCGGUUGUACCAGUCAAACAGAUAAUCGCCGAUCUUGCACGCGAGUCACCAGACGGCAAAGGCCCUGCUGCCCUAUUCAUGAACAACAACCAUAGGGACAAGCUUUGGGGCGACUUCGACAUCAUCAGGAUCCCUCGGGAUUCUCCUUCGUAUUACGCCAACCCGGAGACGAGGGGCUACGUAGAGACGCUUCAGUCGUAUGAGCAGAUCAUGGAUGGGAAGCGGUUAUUUGGAGCGGCCGAUCCCGCUGAUGGCCCCGAUUACGACUGGUUGUCAGGUAUGGAUAUCUGGGCACGUGAAGAGUAG